AUGGACAGCGUGCUGGACCCGUUCUCCGGACUCGACUCGUUCUCCUCCCCUGCUUAUUUCGACGACGACGACUUCUUCACCGACCAGUCCUCCCGGGACAGACACUUGGACGCGGACGACUUCCUGGACGACGACGUCGACUUCCUCGCCAGCCACCUCCAAGACUACUACGGCAAAGACGUGGGCGGCCGGGCGGCGCCGCAGGAUGAGGACUACGACAUCGGCGACCUGUCCUUCUCCUCCUCGUCCUCCACGUUCUCGUACGGCUGCGCCGACAGCACCCCGGACCUGUCCCCGCGGAUGGGCCACCACCACGGCGGGCCGCUGCUGAAGCGGCGGCGGCGGAUGAGGUCCGACACGGAGAUGCAGCACCUGCGGCAGGCGGCCAACGUGCGGGAGCGGCGGAGGAUGCAGUCCAUCAACGACGCGUUCGAGGGGCUCCGCACCCACAUCCCGACCCUGCCCUACGAGAAGAGGCUGUCCAAGGUGGACACGCUGCGGCUCGCCAUCGGCUACAUCAACUUCCUCGCCGAGCUGGUGCAGUCCGAUCUGCCCAUCAGGAGCUCCAGCAGCGAGACGCACGCGCAGCCCAAGAAGGUCAUCAUCUGCCACAGAGGAACAAGGUCUCCCUCCCCCAGCGACCCGGACUACGGCCUGCCUCCCCUGGCCGGCCACUCUCUGUCCUGGUCGGAUGAAAAGCAACUCCGGGAGCAGAACAUCAUCCGCACAGCCAAGGUCUGGACACCGGAGGACCCCCGAAAGCUGCACAACAAAGCGGGCCUCGCGGACAUUGAAAACGAGCCUCCCUUCGGCCUCGUGGUCUGA